UAACACACAGUGUUGACCACCUUAAUGAUCUUCUUCUUCAUCUUCUUCCUCCCAACAAGAAAAAACCAGUCCAGAACUCAUCAAUUUCCAUGGAAGAUGAAAGAUCAAAUACAUCACUCUUACCAAGUUUCACAACAACCAAAGAAGGAAUAGCUUUAAAAAGCUUCAAAUCAUUCCUAACAUGGAUAUGUUUAGAUCAAUCAAAUCCAUGGAAAACCACUCUCUCCUAUUCAAUCUUCUUCCUCCUCACAAUCGCAAUCCCAAUCCUCAACCACAUCAUCUACGCCUCCUGUAAAACCUGCGAUUCACAUCACCUCCGUCCUUACGAUUCCAUUAUUCAACUAUCUCUCUUCUCCGUCUCCACUCUAUCAUUCCUAUGUUUAUCUUCCUUCACUCACAAUUACGGCAUCAAACGAUUCCUCUUCCUCGAUAAACUAGGUCAUUCUAGUGAUAAAGUCAGACAAGGCUACGUAGAUCAAUUACAGAGAUCGGCGAAGAUAUUGGCGAGUUUUGUUCUUCCGAUAUUUGUAAUCGAUGGCGGUUAUAAGAUAUGGUGGUUUGUUUCAGCUGGAAAUGUAUAUGUUUACGAUAUGAUAGCUUGCGUUUUGCAGAUGUGUUCUUGGUUAUACAGAACGGCGAUCUUCUUUGUGGUGUGUGUUUUGUUCAGAUUGAUUUGUUAUUUGCAGAUUCUUAAGCUUGAGGAAUUUGCUAGGGUUUUUGAGAAGGAAUCGGAUGUUGGUAAUAUAUUGACGGAGCAUCUUAAGAUUAGGAGAAAUUUACGGAUCAUAAGCCAUAGAUUUAGGGUUUUUGUAUUGAUGACGGUUGUUUUGGUGACGAUGAGUCAACUUGCAUCUCUUCUUGUUACUACUAAAGCUGGAUCUACUGUUGAUGUUUAUACUGCUGGGGAACUUGCUUUAUGUUCGAUUACAUUAGUGACGGGACUAUUCAUAUGUUUAAGAAGCGCGACAAAGAUUACACAUAGAGCUCAAUCCAUAACAAGCCUAGCAACCAAAUGGCAUGUAUGUGCAACAAUCAACUCGUUCGAUGACUUUGAUGGGAACACUCCAACUACACCUUCUCGGGUUUCACAUACUGAUGCAAAUUGGGAUUCCGACAAUGAUGGUGAAGAAGAAAACGGGGAUGAUGAUGAUCUUGACAACACCAAGAUGAUACCAAUUUUCUCAAUCUCAAUUUCUUAUCAGAAAAGACAGGCUCUAGUGAAUUACUUCGAGCAAAACAAGGCAGGGAUUACGGUUUUCGGGUUUGUGCUGGACCGGACAUCUAUUCACAUGAUGUUUGUUAUUCAAAUGUCUCUCACACUUUGGCUACUAAAUAAGACUAUUGGCUUUUCUUGAUCAUGUCUGAUUGGUUAUAUUAAUAUAUUUGGUAUUUUGUUACACCUAUGAAUGAAUCUAUUGUUAUUACACCUAAGUUUGUAG